CCACGCCAGUGUUCUCCUGCUGCUCCUGGAUCUCCGCCAGAGUGUGUACUGCUCUCAGCAGCACAGUGGUACAUUUUUCCCUCUCCAGACGCUCAGCCUUGAUUUUUGAAACUGCUGGGAGUUUCACCACCAAAGACUCAAAUUCUACCCGGAAUAAGGAGAACGGUCUACAGCAGCUGGAGCCAUGGGGGACGUGGUUUCCUCUCACCUGGAUGAGAACAGGCGGGAGAUGAUUACAGGCCGCACCAAUGACAUGAUGAAAGAUUUUGGGGAGAUGUAUGAGCAGCAGUACGCCGUCGCCCUCUUCAACAGUGUCCGCUACGAGAUCGAAGGAGGAGGAGGACCGCAGUCUCAGCUGCUGCACAGGAAGGAUCCUCUGGCGGGUCGGUCUAUUUUCUCAGGGAAUCUGUUCCAGUACCUGGAGGAGAACAGGAAGUGGAGGAGCCGCUUUGUGUCGGUGCCAAACAGCUACACCAUAAACCUGUACGAGAACAAGACAGCACAGGAACGUGGUCUUCACCCUAAGGUGUCCAUCAACUGUGCUGGGUACAGGGCCCUCACGUCCCUAGAGGACUACAUAGAGCUGAUGAACACCAGUCUGCCAGGUAUCAAGGCCAAAGUGGGAAACAACCCAUUUAUCAAGUGCGCAACCGAGUUCCCGCUCAUCUUGUGGCACCCGUACGCCCGUCACCACUACUUCUGCGUCAUGACGGAGAAGGAGCAGAAGAAGUGGCACGCUGUGCUGCAGGACUGUGUCCGACACUGCAACAACGGUCUGCCGGAUGAAUGCACCGUCCAGACACCAGCUUUUACUGACGCCAUUCGACGACACAGACAAACAAAAGGACACUACGGCACCUGGGAGAUGAUGUGUGGAACACCGCCACAGAUUCUUGCUAAUCUGGUGAUGGAGACGCUUCAACCUGAGCUGAGGAACAUGAUUGGUCCACGGCUGAAGGGGAAAAUGCAGCAGAGGCAGAGGAACUGGAUGCUGAUAUCAGAUGCUGUCUACAAGCAGGUGUUGACCCAAACCAGCACCCAGUAUGGCGCCAUGGUGGACGUCUGUGAGGCCCAGAGAGUUCAACUGGACGCAAGACUUAGAACUGACAUGGACCAGAUCAUCACAUCUAAAGAACAUGUUUGCAGCAAGAUCAGAGCAAUGGUGUUUCCCAAGGUGGAACCUCUGCUUCAAAGCAGCAUCCAGCCCUACAUCAGCUCCAUCCUGGAGGCUCUGAUGGAGCCCACCAGCAGAGGUUUCUCUGAGGUCAGGGAAGUGCUCUUCAGAGAGCUCGUGGAACUGAGCAAGAACUCACUUAAUGGCGGAGGAAAGGAAAAACUGGGAGAACAAAUGGAGAGACUGUCUAUGCUGGCCUUCCACCCUGUGAAGAUGCAGAGCUGCUAUGAGAAAAUGGAGGAACUGAACCUGGAGGGACUGCAGCAGAGGUUUGACGUGGGCAGUCCUUACGUGUUUGUCAGCAGAGCCCAGAUCCUGAUGAGAGAGCAAAUGGAUAACGCAGUGUACACGUUCGAGCAGCUGCUAAACCAGUCGUUGGCGGAUGACGACAUGUGCAAGAGCAUCCAACGGUGUCAGGACAGGGCCCUGAAGAAAUAUGACUACGACAGCAGCACGGUCCGGAAGAAGUUCUUCAGAGAGGCUCUGCUGCAAAUCAUCAUCCCGUACAUGCUGCAGCAGCUCUCAGAGUCCUGCUCACCCGAGCUGCCUCGCUUCAAAGAGCUGAUCUUUGAGGACUUCUCACGUUUCCUGCUGGUGGAGAACAUGUACGAAGAGGUCGUGCUGCAGUCCGUCACCAAGGACAUCAUGAUGGCUGUGAAGGAGGCAGCGGUCCAGAGGAGACACAAUCUGUACCGCGACAGUAUCGUCCUGACAAACAGCGACCCCAACCUGCAUCUGCUCGGAGAAUCGCCCCAGGUGGACUGGGCAGCUAAGUUUGGCAACAAUGAACCAGAUGGCACUGUGCAGGAAAGGGCCUCGACUGAAGGAGGAGGUUCUGGGAGUAGACGCAGACAGGUGGUGUCCAUGAUCCAGCUGGAUGGACUUCCUGUGGCCUACGAGUCCUGUCUGGAGGUCCCAGGUGUGGAUGUUAUCCCGGAGGAGGAUUCCAAAACAACGGAAGAAACACCUGAGGAGCACAGCGAGGACGAGGACACAGACCAAGUUCCCAUGUCUCCCGACAGUGUUGAUGAAAUCAGAGACUUGAUCAAUCCAGUGGUGGAAGUGGCACUGCCAGUGUCUGAGGAGGAGAAGAUCCGCAAGACCAACGUAACCCAGCCCACCAAGGGCAAACUCAUCACAGAGGAUGGUGUGCAGGAGGAUGUGACGCACAUCACUACAGUUGUCGACGGCGCCCCGAAGAAGUCUUUCCGAGACAAGAAAUCCCCGCAGACCGACAUUCAGAAGCUGCUAGGAAACGGAGAGCAGGAAGGGAUCGUAGAAAACCAAGAAGAAGACGACGCCAAAGAUAAAACACAACCCGAGGUCCUGGAAGACGAAAGUGCAACGACGGUUGAAAUCCCUGUGGCAGAAUCAGGUUCUGAAUCGCCACAAGUUCCAACAGACUCUAGCUCGAGAGAAGACAGCGGCUUCCAGUCGCCAACCAACCUGGAGUCGGAUGACAGUGUACCCCAACCAAUAACAAACGGCCUGAAUGGAGAGGACAAAGUCAUUGAUCCGGCAGAAGUGGAAGUUCUUUUAGCGUAGACGGGAGGUGUUCCACGCAAGACUGAGAAAGGGACCAGGAGCGACCCUGCUUGUUAUUUAAAGCUUUUGUUUUCUGGGCUGAUGCUGUUGUUCAUGUUGCUUCAUGAACAUGCGCUCUGGACAUUUCUUCUCCGACCGGUCAUCUCUUUUUAGCUACGUCAACACACAUGAUCCUGUAUGUGCACGGCAGUGAAAUCACACUCUGAACCUUACUGUACAAAGAAAGUGAUGACAGUCCGACCAAACACAAACCACUUUUGAGACAAGAGACACUUCCAACUUUACUUCGAGUCACGACCAAUUCAAUCAGUUCCUUAGUAAAAGUAUCGCUGACCAAAAUAUAUGGAUGCUUAUAUUUGUUUUUCAGCCUCAAGGGGGUGGAUUUACUUGAACCAGUUUUUGAGGUACUAGCCUCUCAGAAGCAUCAACAUUUUACAAACAGUGCAGGAGUUUUUCUAGCUUGGCUAAAGUGUAUUGUCAUAAAUUAAAAAAGAAUAUAAAGUUAAGAUUUUUAAAGACACUAAACCAGGCAUAGGCAAACCUUUUGGCUCGCAGGCCACAAUUGGUUCUAGAUUUUGACAUGGUCAUGCUAAAAGUCAUGCAUAAAGACUAAAAUUCUAUAAUACUUUUAGCCUUCUCUACGUCAUCUAUAGGGAAGACGUUGGCACUGCAGGGAAAAGGCAGAAGUAUUUACUA